AUGGAUGAUCGCUGCAGGCGAGCCGGCACCGUGCGGCAGGUCCGCAUCAGCGACCUCAGUCGGAGAACUCUGGUGCUCUUGCUUCGGUGGGCCUACGGCGAAGCGAUCCCAGCUUUGAGUGAGGAGGAGGAGAGCUCGGUGAGUGUCCCCGCCGCCUCCCGGCGGGCAGCUUUCGAGCUCCUUGAGGCUUGCGCCAAGUACGAGGUCGAAAGGCUCGGGACGCUCCUCCGCGAAGCGAUCCUGGAGUCCCUGGACUUGACUCACUUCGCCUCGGUUCUUCGCGAGAGCCACGUCCGUCAGAUCUCCGGGCUAAAGCAGGGCUGCAUGAGAUUCGCUCUGCACAACUUUGACACUCUGGUAGAGCGCCCGGAGCUGUUCAUGCACACUCUUUCGGAUCUGCCGGAAGUCGUGUCGGAUCUUUUUCGGCUUGGGCGCUUGUGGAAGGAUGCCGAGGGCGAGGGGGGGCGAUCAGCACCGGGUCGGCCCGCGCCAGCGGUCCCCAGCACCAUUGUCAGCGACUUUUGCCGCCUCUUCGAUGCUGCGCGACUUGAGGAGCAUGGUGAAGAGGGCGGUUCGUCGCGAGAGGACAGUGGCGACCGCCCUCGCACAGCUCCGCGUCAUCGGGGUCAGCAUGAUUUUGUCCCGGACUGCCGAGUGGUGGUGGGCGAGGACAUGUAUCUGGCGCACUCCGCGGUGCUGGCCGCACGCUCGGAGUUCUUCCGGGCAGCUUUCGCCUCAGAAAUGGUCGAGAGAACCUCUCUGAUGGUGACACUGCAACAUUGCCGCGGCGAUCGGCCAAGACGUGAGUCCGUCCUGGCAAUGCUCUACUUCCUUUACACAGGGAAGACGACCAAAGUCAACGGCUCCAACGCCAUCGAAGUGCUGUCCCUUCUUGGUGCAGAACAUGGGGACGAGGGCGACUGCUCUGGCGGCUUUCUUCAGCUUCACGACGCCGCAACUCUCCGACGCGCCUGCGAAGCCGCCGCGGAGAGCGCGGCUGGGGAAGAUGAGGACGAGAUCAUUAAGCUGCUGGUUCAGGCCCAUGACCUGGGAGCACUACGACUGAAGCAGUGGGCCCUUCGGAUGACGGUGCAUCAUUUCAAAGAGCUGGCUUUGAGGGGGGCGCUGGAAGUGCUACCGGCCAGCCUACUGACGGAGGUUCUCCGAGAAGUGGCGGUCGGAUACGACAGGUUGCUGCCCUCCGCGGCCAAAGGCCUUCGAUGGGAGCUUUCCGUGUUACCGCAAGCCGACAAUGGCCUGGAGAACACUUACGAGGCAUUGACAUCUGCAGACCUGUCAUCCGGAGCAGGCGCCUGUGGCAGCUCCGGCUGCUCCGAAGCUUCGAUUGUGGCCACCUUUUCGCAGCCAGUGCGCGUGCGACGAGUUCGCGUGGGAGUUGACCUGACCAAUGGCGACUUCGACGCGGCCUGGGUCAAUGAUGCCAAGCUCCAGUUCCUGGCCGCCAGCGGCCUCUGGCAGGAUGGAGACCUUACCGUCAUCAUCCAUGACCGUUUGGUCCGCGACUUUGAGUUGCCGGAGGUUCUCAUUGCGCCGGCUUUCCGCCUCGUGCGCCGCCAUCGUUUAGCCGUGGGCCUCCUGCUUUUCGAGUAG